GGACCGUGGCUGGAGCAGGGUGCAAGCUGUGUUGCUCCUUUCAUUUCAACAAAUCCUUUGAUUUUAUUGCAUGUGAUUAUAAAAUUUCAUCAACUUGAUUGAAUAUUGCAAUACAAAGGAUUGUACAAAUAAAAAGGUACAAAUAGUAAUUAAAUCAAUAAAAUGGCUAAAAAGAAAAAUCGUGGUAAGAAGUCAACUGGGACAAAAUCCAGCAGUGCAGCAGCAUCUGAGAAUCAGUCUCAGCAUUCAUCUGUAGGAGACAAGAUAAAUACUGUAAAAACUGAAGAAACUGGACCUACUGGUAACCAUAAAUCUGAAAAUGCUUCAGUUGGACUUCCUAGGAAUGCUGCUGGAAAAGAUGGUUGUGGACAUCAUUCCUCAGCACAAACAGACCAAGGGGCAUUCUUGAGUGAAUUUGAAACAAAGGCAUUGCAAGUUGCUACUCAAACUGCCCAAUCACCUGAACCUAAGGUUGUAGAGAAGGUUGUAGAAGUUGUGAAGUAUGUUGAGAAAGAGGUUAAGGUGGAAGAUCCUGCACUUAAACUUGAAGUUGAAAAGCUGUCCAAAGAAAAUGCUGAAUUGAAAAGUCAGGUGGCUAAUCUCCAAGAAGAUUCUGAAGCAGCAGCAGGUGAUGGUGAAAGAGUGAAAGAAUUACAAAAUGAGAUUGCCUCAGUUAAUGAGAAAGUAGCCCACUACCAGACAGUGUUAGCAGAUACAGAAAGUCUACUAAAGUCAUUGCAGGCCUCUGUUGAAUCUGAAGAGGUGGCUUGGAAAAAACGCCUGUCAGAUAAAGAAAAAGAUUUGCAUCAACUUGUGGCAGACAAAGCCAAUCUCCAGUUGCAGGUUAAGCAGCUAGAAGAUACCAUCGAUAAAGUCAAACAGGCAGAGGAUAUACAGGAGAAACUGAAAUCUUUACAAGAACAGCUGCAAGCAGAAGAGAAAGAAAAAGUAUCACUUCUUGAAAAAUUACAGGAAGCACAGGAGCAACUUGCAAAGACUGCUACUCAAGGUGGUGUUGAUAGUGAAGGAAGUGUUCAGGAGCUGAAAGCAGACAACGAAAAGCUGCGAACACUGGUCACUGUUGGACAGGAUGCCAGCCGUCAGCAAGAGCAGCUCAUCGAACAACUUCAGAAGGAACUUACUGCUGCCAAGGCAGCCCUGGCCGCUAGCCGUGUGAGUAAAAUGGGCUACAUGGUUGGUUGGGUGGGACGCAACAGCAAGAACACCACAACCACAACCAACAACAACAACAACCCGCUGGAACAGCAGACAUCAAGCACAAAUGGACCAGCGAGUGAAGAACAGUGUCAAGAGGACGACUCCCUACAGGACGACACUGCCAGUCUGGUGUCUGCUUCUUCUGCCUCAGUUACUGAUCCUAACUCCUCUCAAUCAGAGGCUCCUACUAAAAAACCUAAAAAGAAAAGGAAGGGUUUAUUGGGGAAACUAAUGGGCUAAAGCACUGACCUUUAAGGGUGCUAGUGCAACACAGUAAGAUGCAGCUUGUACUAAACAUUCCAACUUUAUCUGCAUGACCUUCACCAACAAUGGCUCUCAUCAAGGUUAUGCUGCAGUUGGUGUCCACAAACACCAGUAUGGUUCCUGCCAUGAAGAUGUUUCCCCUUUAUAAUCAUAUUUUGUACCAGCAUUUUUUUGUAGGAAGAGUAAUUGAAAUAGAUUCAUGGCAGGUUGGGACCACUUCUGGGUAAGCCUACUGAGGUGCAAUAUUCAUAUAGUUUGAAUCAAUCUGUUUACAACAAACCAUAAAAGAUGUAUUGAAAAUGUUAACUGAUCGAUGCAAGAACAUGAUAUCUCAACUCAAGAUUGAGUAGGUCCUUCACUCAUUGGAUUUAGUACUAGGUAUGUAACUGUAUGUUUACACAUUGACCAAAGGAAGGUAUUUUUCAAGUGCAAUGUUGCCUAUAAUAGAGGAGUCUUACAGGACAGUCUGGAUGAGACCUAUUUUGAUGCAGAUGGAAUAAUGCCAUUUGGCUUGAGAAAACUCACCUAUUUAUGCCA